CGCGCCUGGGCUCUUACCAGAGAGGAGCGAGCGAGCGAGCGAGACGAGAUCCAUUCCGCUGCUGCGCCCCCGACUCAGGUGAAGCCCGAACCCUAGCGAGAGGCGAAGGCGAAGCACUAUGGCGCGGUCCCUCGCGCUCUUGGCCCUCCUCCUCGGGCUCGCCGCGACCCUCCCCUCCGGCGGCGCCGCGGCCGACGCGCCCUUCAUCGUCGCGCACAAGAAGGUGGCGCUGUCCCGCCCCAAGCCUGGCGUCGAGCGCCUCGCCGUCUCCCUCGACCUCUACAACCAGGGAUCCGCAACUGCCUAUGAUGUGACCAUUAAUGAUGACUCUUGGCCAACGGAAGCGUUUGAACUUGUCUCUGGAGAGAAAUCGAAGACAUUGGAAAGGCUUGACCCUGGUGCCACUGCUUCUCAUACAUUUGUCCUGGAGACCAAAGCACAGGGAAGGUUCCAGGGUUCACCAGCUAUUAUUACAUACCGUGUUCCCACAAAGACUGCACUUCAGGAGGCCUAUUCCACUCCCAUCUUUCCACUGGAUAUUCUUGCUGAGAGACUUCCAGAAAAGAAGUUUGAAUGGGCUAAGAGGCUCGUGGCGAAAUACGGGGCACUGGUGUCUGUUGUUUCGUUUGUUGGAGCAUUUAUCUACCUGGUCGCAAGCCCAUCAAAAAACAGUGGAAAGGCAAGCAAGAAGAGACGUUGAUCGAUUCAUAAGUCGCUGUUUUCGGUGUAGCUGGUCAGUUUACCUGGAGGAACACUUGAUAGCGUGAGCUAAGAGCAAGCUUCGAAGUUACAUUUACUCACCGCACCAUGAACUGUAACGAAGAGAGCAUCAGCAAGCAUGGACCUGUAAUUUUGGUUAUUACUUUCUGUUUCUUUGUCGGAGCCUUAACCCAAAGGACCUUUAAUUAGGAAAGUUUAUUUUUCUUGAAAGAACAUUUUGAUA